AUGGGAGGUCCAGCUAAUGCCGGAGGUCUGAACCUCAACAUCAAAUGGAGCGAGCACCAAUGGGCCAUACUCUACUGCUUGGUGGCAACGAUCGGUGCCUUGUGCUACGGUUACGAUACCAUCUACUACACAGGCAUCCAAGGAAUGCAAUACUUUGCCCGCGACUAUGGUGAUCAGCUAUCUGAUGGCACUUACGAGCUUGGCACCACCUUCCUCUCCGUGUCUGCCUCGAUCAUCUACGUCGGCGAAUUUGUGGGCGCACUUUUGGCAGCACCCAUCAACGACAGAUUCGGCCGCAAAGCAGUCUUCAUCUGUGCAUCGAUAUGUAUUAUUAUUGGAGCUGUGAUACAAGUCUGCGCCUACGGCAUCGCUGGAGUUUUCUACGUCGGUCGCAUCUUUGUGGGCCUAGGAGUCGGCCAGUUCACCGCAACGUGCUUGAUGUACGUUGCUGAUGUGGCGCCAAGUGCGAUUCGAGGACCAGCUCUCAUGAUGUUCCAGUUCAUGCAGUCCAUUGCGCAGUUCGUUGGGGCUUGCGUCAACCAAGGCACAGAAACAAUUGAUGGUCAAGCACAGUAUCGUCUCCCGAUGGCUCUGUUGGUUGUCCUGCCGUUGACCAUGCUGGUUCUGCUUACUAUCACGCCGGAGUCGCCAGUUUGGUAUAUGGCAAAGGAUCGGCGUGAGGAGGCCAAGAGAUCACUGGAAAAGAUCAAUCGCAGCAAUCCAAACUACGAAUCUGAGACCGACCUCAAGGUGAUUGAAGACCAGAUCGCGCUGGACCGAGACAUGGCUGCAGAGUCGAGCUGGCCUUCCUUAAUAUUGGAUCCAGUUGAACGUCGCAAGCUGAUCUACGCAUGUGGCGUAAUGUUUGCGCAACAGAUAAACGGGAUUCAAUUUUGGUACACGUAUGGCGUGGUCUUUGCCCAGUCCAUUGGGGUCGGCGAGCCUUUUACUAUCAAUACGAUCAUCUAUGUGGUACAGAUUAUUACUGUUGGCUUGUCAGUCAUCUUCGGCAACAAGAUGCGACGACGGACAAACUUACUGGUCUGCACCAUUGGCAUGCUCGUCUCACUGGUCGCCGUCGGUGGGUUGGGCGUUACAAAGGACUCCGAUGGAAACUUUAGCCGUGGCGUUGGUAUCGGUAUCGUGGUGUUUGCAUACUUCAACAUUGUGUUCUACAACUUCUCGAUUGGCACGCUUUCGUACACCAUCGCAUCCGAGAUGGCCGUCGGUCGGAACAGAAAUAAGAUAACGGCAUGCGCCCUAGGGACCUUCUUCUUCACAGUCUGGCUCAUGGUGUUUACCUCUCCAUAUCUGUACUACGAUGCAGAGCUUGGUCCUAUGGUCGGUUUCGUGUACGCCGGGACGACCCUGUUCACACUGGCGUAUGCCUGGUUCUGUGUUGGAGAGACUACUGGCCGGACGAACGCCGAGCUCGAGCGCUUCUUCGUGGAGAGGAUCCCGGUCAGGUCGUGGAGGACACAUGUCUUCGCAGAUGCAGACAUCGGAUCUGUGUACAGUGCAGAGAACGAAAAGGACCAAGCAGUUGAUGCACGCGUGGAGGAGAAGGUAUAG